CGGACGCUUGAACAAAACUCCUCCAACGAUCCGCGUGACUGCACUCGGUUCGUCGACCUGCUGUUGAUCAAAGUCCACCCAGUGUUUUGUUUAUUUUGGUACCAGUUGAACUGUAGCCCAGAUUCGUUGAGCUGAUUUGGGAGAAUACGAACAAAAUGUCAAGUGAUGAAAGUUCUGGUGAAAAAACACCAUUAAUAAGGGCAGGAUCAAAUGCAAGUGUUAAUAAUGGAAUAUUUCCGAUUGCACGUGUCAAAGCAAACAGCAACAAGAAUCUCUAUCUAUCAUGUGCAGCCAUGUUGCUUGGUUCGUUAUGUCUUGGAAUUACGCUCGGUAUGUCAUCACCCAUGAUACCUGAUAUGCAGGAUGAUGAGUCAGCAAAUGCUAUUCCUAUGACUGAUUCUGAUUACUCAUGGUUUGGAUCUCUGAUGACACUUGGAGCAAUGGCAGGGGGUAUAUUAGGUGGAGGUUUUAUUGGAUUCUUUGGAAGGAAGCUAACUGCAAUGUUAUGUGGGAUUCCGUUUGUUGGUGGCAUGUUGUUGAUGGCAUAUGCAGUGAAUGUUCCAAUGUUGCUUAUCGGCAGAACACUGACUGGAUUCUCUGGGGGCGUUGCUUCAUUGGUUGUGCCCACUUAUAUCAGUGAGACAUCCACUCCACAUCUUAGAGGGUUGCUUGGCUCGGCAAAUCAACUCAGUAUUACAUUUGGAAUAUUGAUAGCAUAUGCACUUGGUAUUUUCCUGACAUGGCGAUGGCUUGCUAUAGCAUCUGCAGUACCUUGUGCAAUGUUGACACUAUUCACUGCAUUUGUUCCUGAGACGCCGAGGUUUCUACUUAUGCAAGAAAUCGAAGAACAACAAGCGGUACCACCUCAGCAUCAACAUAGAAGACAAUCUAGGCAUUCUCUUGUGUUUUUGAGAGGUCAAAGUGCGGAUAUUGAAUCUGAACUUAAAGCAUUAGAAGACAAUUUAGGAAAAGCAACAGAGACUGUAUCAUGGCUUGAUUUGCUGAGAAAGAAAUCAAUUAGAACACCUUUGCUACUAAGUCUUGGUGUAAUGUUUUUCCAGCAAGGAAGUGGGGUUAAUUGUGUUAUGUUUUAUUCAAAGAAUAUUUUCAGGAACGCUGGAUUCACCUCAGAGACUAUGCAAAAUGUUGCCUUGAUCCUCGUUGCUUUUAUUCAAGUUCUUUUCACAUUAAUUGCAUGUGUUAUCAUGGAUAAAGCAGGCCGAAAAGCAUUACUAAUUGUAUCAGGAAGUUUCAUGGCUCUUAGUUCUGGUACUUUUGGUCUCUACUUUCAACUUUCUUCAUCUGGUGGAAACAACGGUACAGGAUUUGAUCUUGGACACGUUUUGGAAGAGAUAGACGCAUCAUCGGGGAACCUGAAUUGGUUGGCACUUGCUAGCCUACUAAUCUACAUGGCCGCGUUUGCAAUCGGUCUCGGUCCUGUACCUUGGCUCAUUCUAUCAGAAAUCAUUCCAGUCCGGGCGCGAGGUAAAGCGAGUGGAUUGUCAACAGGCUUUAAUUGGGUUUUAGCUUUUAUUUUUACAAAGGAGUUUCACGAUAUGCAGGUCGCAUUCACAACACAAGGUACGUUCUGGAUAUUCGCUGGUAUUUGUUUGAUAGGCAUCUUCUAUCAUGGCAUCUUGCUUCCAGAGACCAAAGGAAAAACACUAGAAGAAAUUACAGCUUAUUUCGAUCCCCGCCCGAAUAUUCACACCAUAGAAGAAGAACCAGAAGCUUAGUGGGCUGUAAAUGUUUUGAAAAUCUUUUAAUGAAGUCAUCUUUUAAUUUUUUAUCUAAUGUGCUUCAGGCCAAAAGUUGUUGAUGAAGCAGAGAAAAAUGAAAGUUUUAUUGCAACAAGGCUCUUUUCAAAUGUACUCUGGGCUUCUUCGUAUUACAUCAAAUUUUGGGAAAAUCUUCAGUUUCUCAACGAUGGCAUGUCAACAGAAUUGUGUCAAUAUAUUUGAUAUGGUCGAUAUCCUACCUCAUGCCAGCCUUCAAAGGUGUAGCCAGGGGUGUUUGAGGGUCAGAUCGCCCAUGCUCCCCCCCCCCCUCCCCUGAAAUAUAAAAUAUCUUUUUUUACUACUUUUUGCUUUUUAAACCCUAAAGCAGCGGUUCUCAACCGGGGGCUCGGCCCCCUAGUGGGGCCACAGAGGAGUUGGAGGGGGGCCACAAGGAUGGGCUGAAAUCUGAAUUUACUUUUCACUUUAAAAGUAAUCUCACAGUUUUUCCUAGUUUGCUGCUCAACAAAGUUAUUUCGCAGGGUGUUUUCGCUUUCUUUUGUGCAAAAUGUUAUAACAUAA